AUGCCUGGGGUAGCUUGGCUGCUUUACUCCGUGCUGGGGGCUGCCCUGCUGGCCCUGCUGGGGGCUGCCCUGCUCUUCUGGCAUCACGCUCCAGCGAGGAACAAGAUCCCCAGGGCACAGAAGCGUAGGGUGGUAGCUUUGCAGCAAAUGGAAGCCCUGGCCCAGCGUCUCCGGGAGCAGGAGCCAUCCCUGGACCCCAAGCCCAUCUUGGAGCUGCCCCUGGAGAUGCUGGCCCAGAAGCUGCGGGAUGAAGAGCUCAGUCUGGAGAGUGUCCUCUGUAGCUACUUAGAGGAAGCACUGAAGGUACACCAGGAGGUGAAUUGCCUGACGGAUUUCCUGGGCGAGUGUGAGGAGCAACUGCAGGCAUUGAAGAAGCUCAAGAGGACUGAGAGAGGCCUUCUCUAUGGGGUCCCCAUCAGCCUCAAGGACCCCUAUGACUGCAAGGGCCAUGAUUCUACGUGUGGCCUGGCUCAGUUCCUGGAGAAGCCAGCGGACAAGGACGGGGUCAUUGUGAAAGUGCUCAAGGCUCAGGGAGCUAUUCCCUUCUUUAAAACCAACACCCCCCAGACACUGUACAGCCUUAAUUGCAGCAACCCCAUCUAUGGACAGACUCUGAACCCUCUGAACUUAAAAAAGACCCCAGGGGGCUCCUCAGGGGGUGAAGGAGCCCUGCUGGCAAAAGGAGGUUCCAUCCUGAGCAUGGGUACUGACACUGGUGGCAGCAUCCGCAUACCAGCCAGCUUUUGUGGUAUCUGUGGCCUCCGGACCACAGGAAACCGCCUCAGCUACUCUGGAGUUGCCGCUGCUGUCAAGGGCAAAAAAUCAGUGACUACAGUGGCUGGCCCCAUGGCCCGGGAUGUGGAAAGCCUGGCCCUGUGUCUGCGAGCCCUGCUAAGUGAAGACAUGCACCAACUGGACCCCACUGUGCCUUUUAUGCCCUUCAGGGAAGAGGUAUACUCCAGUAACCAGCCCCUUCGAAUUGGCUACUGUGAAACAGAUGGCUUCACCCAGCCAUCUCCUAGCAUGGCCAGGGCUGUAAGGCUCACCUCCAGGCUGCUCCAGGACGCUGGACAUCAGGUCAUCCCCUUCUCCAUCCCCUGUGUAGAGUAUGCUGUCAAACACCUGUUCCUGGGGGGUCCGUUUGGCGAUGGAGGGGCCACCCUUCUGGAGAAGCUUGAGGGGGACAUUGUGGACCCUUGCAUAAAGUCAAUGAUCACCAUGCUCCGCCUGCCAGACCCACUCAAAUGUUUUUUGUCCUGGAUCCUGAAGUACAGAGUGAGUGUGGGACCAAGGUAGGGAGGCAUUCAGGAGGGGAGGAGCCCAGAGAGUAGUGGAGGCCAUGUGGCUGGAAUUGGCAUUCAC